UCCCCGCGAGUAUUCAGAUUUCAGCACUUGAAUUGAAUUCGAAUGUAUUGUCGACUAUGCUGUGUAACGGUAAACUGUUUAUUUGGACACAUAAACUUAUAACACUUCGAAUUCCAAUGUCUUUCGGCUAAUUGCUCGCUAUGAACCAGAUACACAUUUGCUCAUACUUCUUUUCCUUUGGCAAUACAACCUCGAAAGGUCUCGGUCUGUCAUUUCCGGCUUACUUGACUUUAUCAUACUAUGUAGAUGGAUAGUCUGCCGUCUCUACGGGGGACGAUCCGGAUGGGAUUUGAACCCCGGUUCUGUUGUGUGAAGACCGGCGUCUCGGCCGCCGGAUCCUUGCACAUACUGGCAGCAGAUUAAUUUAAUUUGUGAACUUUAUAUCGACGAUGAAUAUACUUAUUAUCAGUCGGUACUGACACCGGACACUCGGCAGGACCGGAUAUCGAAUCCCGUCCGGAUCGACUUCUCGUACGAAGGACUGGCUAUCGUGUUUAGGGUAAAUUAAGUAAAGGAUGUCAAUAAAGGUAGGCUGAGACCACUUUUGCGGUUGUUGGGCCAAAACAGAGGAAAAAUAACUUGGAGAUGCGUUAAAGCUGUCUAAAUGCGUUAGGGCAGUACGCUGACACUAUUUCAAAAUUUACUGCAAUUGAGGCUCGAUGAAAAUCCUUGCUAGUCUUUCAUAUUAAUGACGUGCUUACAAUAUUAAAAAUAUUGCUCACAAACACCUUCAUCUGUUCGUUUGGAGGGACCCUUCCCAGACCCCACCCUUCUGAAAGUGUAGGACCUCUUUCAACGUAUGGAUGGAUGCUCUUAUCAUUGAUUCUUGGAGGUGCGAAACUGAAAGUUCUCAUAGUCCUCUGAUAUCCUGAUCAGUUUUUGGUGCAAGACUGACCGGUUUUUUCAAGACUGGCAGAUUGACGGUCAAUCGAGUCCCUGAAUCGAUGUUCUCUAGAAGGAAGUAGAAGAAGGAGUUUGCUUUCUAGGAAUCCCGUUCAUAUCGUCAAUAGGCGAAACUGGUUGUGAUGUCCUGGAAGUCUCCACCUUUAGAGGGUUCCGUACUGCGUUAGGGGACCGAAAAAAUGUGUCCAUUUUUCCCCAAACCCGGGACCUGCCUGUCGAUUUGACGUGUUAGAAGUCUCCAACUCCAGCUUAAGGCAUGCAAUGGGCUUAAUCCGCCGCAUUACGUAGGAGAACAUCUAGGAAUCUUGCUAAGGACAAAAAAAACGCUCUUCGUUGUAUAGUUUACCCUGGCUAUGUUUGAUUCCAUUAAAUUGUUCAUCCAGACUUACAGGUAAUUAUUAUUGUUAUAUCUAUUCCGGCUUACCGGUACCGCCGAGUCAAGGGUAUUUUCAUAGGGCGUAAGGCCAUACAAGAAAAAGAAAACAAAUGAUUUAAGCUAUUCAACGUCGGUCGGUUCAAUAAUUGCCUAAAACACAGGUGUUGUUUGAACAUCACUUACUACUGCAUCAAGAAGGUAUCUUCUUCUCUCCCUCCUGCGUUCUUCACCGAGGCUCAUACUGCCCAAUGACAUCAUAUGUUGGAAGUUUAAUGUUUAGCUUGUAUGUAUGUUUGUCGUUCAUCGAUGUCGGGUACAGUUGUUGGUGCGAUUGUCUUCACUAUUCCACUGCUUGUGAAGUGGUUCGGUGAUAAGCAGCGUUAGUUACUGAAGGUGUGAAUGGGUUGCAGAUGGUUAAAGGUUUACAAAUAGCGUGAGGUAUAGGGGUCAAGCUGCUAAGGGGGAAAGAACUGGCCUAGAGUUAAGCGCGCUGACCUACACAGCCCAACGUCAGCCGAACGAAAGUAAACCGAAAAAGGGUCGCAAAAACGCCAAUGCCAUCAUGUAGUCUGAUUCACCAGUGAGCAGUCGCGGUCAACGCAUUACAUCAUCGCACCGCCACGGUAGUAAAUGUAAACUGUGAAAUUGACCGUUUCGAUGCUUACUGAUGGAAGUGCCACCAGUGGGAUGAUGAUUUUUUGCAACCAGAAAGAGAGAGAGAGAGAGAGAGAGGGAGAGAGAGGGAGAGAAAAGCAUCAACAACAGUCCGAUGCGGGAAUCAAACAAAUCACUGGAUUGUGGCAAAAGUAGGUGGUGGCCACUUAGCGAUCGGCGUACAAUGUGAUCCAUGUGGAUGGGAGCAGAUCGGUAUCGGCGCGUUGGUUGCAGUACACCGCAGUACACCGAUCGUUCUAUGCAAAGUUUCGCGUUUUUCUACGGCGAACCACGAGGUAACGCAUGCUCACAUACACCGGCACACGUGAGCGCGAGAUCGAUCGAGCCGACAGUGAUCGAUACUGUGUGUGCGUACCGCUGCGUAAACAGCUGAUUAAUUAGCGGCACGGCGUCUCCGGCAGUGACAAUUGUUUCAAUGUGCGUGUUGCAGCCAGCCAGCCAGCCAGCCAGCGAUCACACACUGUUAACGCGUACACCGGCAAACCGGUUGCUGACUAAGGCCAGGCGUGCGUGCUGGUGGUGAUGCAGCAGCAGCAGCAGCGAUCCGUCCAACUGCACUGCUUGCUCUGGUGAUGGUGCGAGCGCCGUGACAGUACGGUAAGCUGUCCAGACGGGGACUGCACGCGACGUGUCUCGAUUGCGCGCUGCUGGUGACACUCUUACACCUUAGCAAGCGACACGGCGAGAACGCGUCGGGCGAGUUCGCCUCUGUUAUCGCGCUGGUUGCUUUGUGCUAAACGUUGUCGCGCUGAUAAGAUGGAAACAAACUAUUCCCCAGCCAGAGUCGGCCACAAACGUGUGGAAUGUGUAUCUGGAGCAAGUGCCGCGCUGUCAAGUUUCUCACUCGAGUGUUUCGCUGUGCAGGUGCCAGAGCGCUGGUGAAGCUGAAGUAAAGAACCAAGUCGAUGGAGGCGUGAAGAUGUUGGUUAUCAAAACGGAACCCGCUUACUGCCAGUGCCCAACAAUCAUGAGCGUGCACGGUGUGAUGGUGUUGGUGUAUGACAAUUGUACGGCUUACGCAUGCGGUGGUUGUGUAAAGCAAACAAACCGCCCUUAAAAAGACCGUGUGAUCGAGCGAGACAGUACUAGGGGUCCAGUACAGUGCAAUAAAGGUGGCGAAGGGAUAAGGCCGUCCGGUGCUACUCGGUGCUGAGCGUUGGUUGGUUAUAUCAGCGGGAACAACAAGAAGGCCCAGCAAAAAAAUAAUCAUACAUGAACAACGUGUCGUGUGUCUGUGUGUGUGCGGUGUGGAAUACCUGACGACACCACUCUUCAGGUCGUCUACGUUGGGCUGAAAGGAAAAGGUACACUCUGGGAGGAACCGCACCCCGUUUCCAAAACAACAGCCCCUUGCGCUUCCCCCCCCCCCCCCCCUUUGACUGGCCUCAGAGGCCUUUCAAGACGGGGGCCAUCCAAGAUAAUGGCCACAUACUGUAGGUAGGCAAGAUUGAAUAGUCGAAAUGUUACAAGUGCCGUAAAUGACCGAGUUGGAAUGGAAGUGAUCGUAUAUUGCUAUAGCUAGCGCAUACAAAUUUUCCUCGAAGAAGUGGAUUGUUUCUUGUUUUGCCCCGAACACAUUCAAAGACAGGAUAGACCAGGGUGGUGUGAAGUGGACGAGGGAUUAAUUGUCAUUCGUACGAUAGCGAAGGAGGCAAGCUAUGUUUGAGAUGAUGAAUCGCGCAAAAAAAAGUAAUCACCAGGGCGGCCAGCGCAGUAAGGACGCCAAAGCGGCCCGAAACGGAGUGGGUGCAGGUGUGAACGUGGGUCCGGCGAAGCCAUCUAUGGCUCAAACCGCUCCGCAAUCGACUACGUGCGUUCCGGGUCAACCGGCGGCCCUCACUGCCAGUUCCAGUGGAGGUGGACGAACGAAAAAAGUGAAACAAACUGCAGCGAGCAAAAAUGCUACUGCUGGUGGAGUGACUCGACGGACACGUGCCACCGGGAAGGAAACGACGCCGUCCAAGGCCCACAGUUCAACUCGGCCCGAGUCAACCGCUGACGAUGGCGUUGGAGGCCUGGCCUCGGUGUCGGAGCAGUCGGUCGGACCGAAAAUGGAACGAUCAAACAGUUUCUUUCUGACGCGCAAAAUCACCAGUCUGUACAGCAAGCUGAGCGGAAGCCGUGAAAAUAUGGCCACCACCAACGCGGUUAGCCCCGUUGCUGCCGAAGCGCAACCUUUCCAGUUUGUACGCAGCCGUAGCAUGUCCUCGAUACAGUUGAAACGGGCGUAUCGACGCAGCCAGAAUGAGUCCACACUGCAGAAUCUGCACGAGGACGCCAUACUGGAGCGAUCGGAAAGCACGGAAGAAACAGCACCAGCCGCCCCUUCGGCGGUGGGGCCAACCACGCCGGAAAUUACACCACCACCCAUACCACGAUUCGAGCGGUCCAACAGCAUUCUUGCGUCGAUACGGCGCAAAAUAAGCUUCCGGUCCGAACGGCGAUCCUCGAACGUAUCGAACUGGAGCACUUCGUUGCAAAAUCUGCGCCAGGAGGACUUUAUGAUCAGCUACGACGACUUGAGCUUCAUCGAUUACGAUCAGUUUAACAGCUAUGAAGCGAACCUGCUCAAACGGCAGCCAAACCACGCUCUGGACGCUAAUGCUAGGGGUUCAUUCGCUGGAGAACAGCCUACGAAUGUUUCUAUCCCUCAGCCUGGGAAUCUGCCAGGUUCCGCAACAAUCGCCGAAGCAACCAACAGUGGUGUCGUUCGACGGAGGCGCAAAAAUGACACACUGCUGCGAACGACGCUCAUCCGCAAAAGUAUGGACGUGGAGAGCAACCUCGAUCGCGAUAAGAACGUGUACCGAAACAGUUUGGACGCGGAGAAGCUGUUGUGCAUCAGCAACGUGAACCGGAAGUCUUUCCGCUGGAGUGCUGACGUUGAGCGGGAUGUAGUUGCGUUGGAUUUGGACAGUGUUGGGUUUGGCGCGGCGGGUAAACCGCUGGCGGAAUUGGUUGGCAACCGGCGAACGCCGCCACCGGCGUACGAUGUGUGUGAUAGUGGUAUGAUCGACGGGAGUGAAAGUAUCAAACUAUGUGCGAUGACCGAUGCUAGUGAUAAGGCAGGAAGCAGUGUAGGAUAUGUGAGCCGUAGUGAAAGUUUAAAACGAUGCCGAUCGUAUGGCGGUGAGCAUGGCACUGCCUUUGAGGAAGGAUUCGGACAUCUCGUCAAACCAGUUCAGGGUGAAGUCUGUCACAUUAGCCACCGGGACGCGUGCGUUUUAGUAGUGAAGUGUGGCAUAUCAAAGCAAGCCCGCACCCAAAACACACCUUUUCCACCUUAUGAUGGAUGACAACGUGCCGGGUCGCAACGAAAGCAUCAAACAACGAAAGCUGGUGCGUAGUAGCGUCGAGCAGCUAUCGCCCGUUUGCGAUGCCUAUCCGGUACCGCCGGAGCGUAGCAUGCAUUCAACCAGUCAGCCACAUCCGUCCCUUCCAUUGCCACCACCGCCACUUCCUGCAUCGGCUUCGUCACCUAACGCCACAUCAUCGCUUUCGAUGCUGCUAUCUCCUACCCAAACGUUGCUCGAUGAGGAUGCUUCGAUGACGACACUGAAAAACGACACUGCGGGUGCGAACGUUUCGAACCCGCUCAGUAAUAAUGCUGCCGCAGCGUUUAGUUUAAUAUUACCGCAAAAUUUAAGCCGAAGCUUCGACCAGACGGCCGCGCAGUCACCGCCAAAGUAUCAGAUUUAUCAUCAAUUUAGUCGCAUAUCAAGCACUACGCAACAGUUUAUACAACGUCAACAGCAGCAGCAGCAGCAGCAGCAACAGCAGCAGGACCAAAAUCAGCAAACUAUGCAACAAUCACAGCAAUUACAACGUCAGCAAUCUCCACAAACGCAGCCAGCUUCACCCGUUACCAACUAUCAGGCACCAUUAUUUCGUAAAGCUAGUUACGGCUCAUCGCACUACACACACUACUCGAACGUCGAUCCACUUUCGGCCAGCGCAGGAACUGUAGUGGCACGGCCCACCAAUACCUCUCAUCAGUCAACCCUCCCCAGCACCAAACCCGCGGACCAACGAAGCAAUAAUCCUUUUAUACUCAACUUCAACAACAUUUCCGGAUGUUGCCUAAAGAACUCACCGACCGGUUCCACCGGUUCCCCGGCAGCCACCUCUCCAAUUGACCGAUCGACUGGUGCGGCGCCCAUCACAUCCAGCUCAUCCGCCGCCCUCACAACGUUUGUCAGUUCCUCCGGUGCAAAGCGGACUCGAUCAUUGAUGCUCAAACCUUCGUCGACUGCACCGUUGCAGCACACGACACAAAGCUCACAGUCGGCUUCUUCACCACAGGGACCACCGGUACCACCGCGACUAUCACAGAUACAGUCGGGUGGUACCGUUACUCCGGCAACCGUAGGCACCCCGGCUAGCAAUCAACCGUCCACCAUCGAUCCAACAGCGCUGACGACACACCACCUCGCUAACGCUCCAUCGCCAGCAGGUUCGAUCAUUGCCGGAGCGUGCUACGUUACGCCACCGACGCCAGCACCGCUAAGUGCGAGUGAUAAAAGCGCGGAACUACCUUCCAUGGCUUUCGGCAGUGUGCCACCUUCCGGCAUGUCCAGCACAAAGCCGGAAGCAUCUACCUGCUGCUCGAAAACACCAACCGACGGGAAUGGAAAUGGGUUGCGGAACAACUCCGAGCUCCGGACGGCGGAGAGCGUGGCCAGCAGUGUACGCAAAAAACGGGACGAUUUUCUCAAGACGACCAUGAAAAUAUGUUUGGUUGUGUCGCCUCCAUCAAAGCUGCAGAUGAAAUCUUUGAGCCUUACCCACCUGGAUGAGAUCGAGCGUCAGGCCACGACACCGACGAUUAUCACCAACGAUUCACAUAUACGAAAGAGUGAUAAUUCCGACACGUCCAACACAUCGAUCGCAUCCGCAAGCGGAUCGGCCGGGUACGGCGGUAUCACCGUGUCCGGUGGAUCGUCCGCCCCUGCCGUAUCGCCCAAGGACGUCUGCGUAACGCUUACCUCGGGUAGUGCGCUGAUCGACAUCAGCAACAGUGACGGCGGAUGCAUAAAUCCGGCCUACGACAACGGGGACGGAAGCCACCGUCACCAGACGAACGAGGGCCUCUCCAUCGUUGACGUGGACGCCCGUAUCAGUCCGAAACAGGAGAGCACAGACAAGGGUCACGAAUGUCAAGGGUCCGGGACGUGCUGUAUGCUCCCGUCGCCGUCCUGCGUCAAGGCUACGCUGAACUAUUCCAGCAAGCUAAGCGGCACCAGUUCGACGUCUUCUUCUCUGAAAAAGAAAUCCUCCUCCUUCCUGCACCGGGAACGCAAGAAGCCGGUUCUCACGCGCAGCCAAGUUUCCAGCUCCGAGUACUUCUCUGUCUGCUUCGAAGGUGAUCAUAAUGAUCCGGGCGUGCUGAUUCCGGCCACCAAAGGAGUACGACUUGCUGAAUGUUUACGUGCCUCACUCUCACGCCGCAGCUUGAGCUUCUCGCAAAUUUAUGUUACCGACAAUGGCUUCAAUAAUCCGCACGAAACAGGCGUACGGUACACGGAACCGCUGGACGCGAACAUGGACAUCUCGGCACUGGCAGGCCGCACGCUAAUCGUAUCGGAGCGGGAAGGAACGUCGAGUCGGCGGACCGGUGGUGGCCACCUUACCCUGCAGAAGGCGGCCUCCGUCGGCAACCAGCCCAUGUCUGUCGUGUCGUCCACCAACAAACUGUUUACCUCCACCUCGACGGACGACAACUACGACCAAAGCCCGAAAGCAUCGUCAGCUUCUAGCAAGCAAUCGAAGCAAAAAUGGACAAUACCAUUUGGAUCGAAGGGACCACAAAAAUCGAAGCUAUGCGAACUGCUGGACAGCUACAACAAAGAAAUUCCCAAAUCGACGUCUUCCUCCAGCAACUUCAAUAACCCCGAGUAUGUAGACGCUUUAGUUGGCCUUAGGAACUUACCUCAAUGUUGGACGGAGAUCGUUAACUCGGCCGGGAUGAGCGAAGCGGAAACGAAAAUUCAAUCCGCCAUCUGGGAGCUAGUGACGACCGAAGUAUACUACAUUCUUGCCCUGCAAACGGUAACAGAUCUUUUUCUUGCAUGUUUAGAAGACAUUCAAUCGCAAAACAUUCUCACGGAUGUUGACCAGAACAAACUGUUCUCCAACAUACGUGACAUCUGGGAGGCUAAUCUACGCUUUUGGACUCUGUACCUUCACCCAAUGGUAAAACACAGCGAACGGACGAAAGACCCGAUGAGCAUCUACUACUUCCAGCGCGGCUUCGUCGAUUUCGCCACCAUUUUCACACCGUACACGAAGUACUGCGCCGAGCAGAGCACCUGUCAGUACUACUGCAAGGAGAUGUACCACAAUAAUCCGCUUUUCAUGACCUACUGUGCCUGGUGCGAAUCGCAAAAGAUGUGCAAUCGGUUGCGGCUAGCCGACAUUCUGGUGCGUCCAAUGCAACGGUUAACCAAGUACGGGCUGUUGCUGGCGGCCAUCAAGAAACAUAUCAACGACGAGGCGGAAGGUGAAGCAAUAGAUGCCAUGAUCCAUUCAGUGGAGGAAUUUGUCGCUGGGGUGAAUUCCCAUCUAACGACCCGGCAGGAAAGUGAGCGUCUGAAAGGAAUAAACGCCAGAAUCGAUAGCUACGAGGUGGUGGACGUUAACAACGAGACACUGGACCGGAUGGUCAAGCAGCACAGCAUCAUGUUCGACCUCUGCCAGCCGAUGCGCGGCAUUGACCAUGGACGGAAAGUAUUCGUAGAGGGCGAUUUGAAGUACAAGGACGGUACUGGAAAGAUGGAUGUGCAUUGUUUCCUGUUUACUGACUUUUUGCUAGUUUGUAAAAAGAAUAAGAACGAUAAGCUAAAGAUCGUUCGCCAACCGUACAUGACGGACCGGUUAAUGGUGCAGCUGAAGGAUCAAGCCAUUUACUGUUGCUAUGUGAAUGAGCUAAAUAUGGUGAUUGCGGCAUUCACGCUGCAAAGCCCCAAAGCUCAACAUUGGUACGAUUCCAUCACCAAAGUGAAACAUAUUUACAAUCGCAUGAAGCAGGGCACGUUCGGGGAUGUGCGGCAGUACGGCAAUAUCAUCAACAUCAGUAACAGCUGCAACAACUCCACCAGCAAUAGCAAUAUGAACAUUAACAACGAUAAUCUAAGCAUCAAAAAGUCACCACUCAACAGCUCCAUCGGCAGCCGUGUAAGCAGUUUGAACAACAGUCACAGUGGAUCGGUCGAUCUGAACGAAUCAAAGCAGGUGUCGAUAGAUUUCGAGAAAACCAACUCCCUGUCGAGUGAUGAAGGGGCCGGCGUGGGAAGCACGAUGGCUGCCAGUGGGCUUGUCAUGAUGCAUUCGAAAUUUGGUCCGGGUGCUGGUCGCAAGCCCAAAACUACAGUCUGCACCAUGCAAACCAAAUCGUCCAAUUCGUUGACGGUACAGCCGUACAGUGGGCUGGGUCAGAGCAUGCCCAACUUGAACCUGAACUCAAUCCAAAACAGCAAUACUCUCUCGGUGCCAGGAACAUCCAAUACUUCGUCCCAUUCCGGAAUGGUGUUGCUCUCUCCCAGCCAACGGGGCAUUUCAUAUCCUCCUCCAUCGCCAACCAGGGCGACGCUGCGCCGCGGGUUCGCAUUCUCUACGUCAAUCAAAAACCCACCGUUAAUCAAGACACGCAACGUAGCCUCACAGCAAAGUUUCACACUAUCGCAGCAGCAAAGCUUCAACUCGGCAUCGCUCGGCCAACAUCAACCGUGCCAGCCUACAAACACCGUCGGCACCAACGAGCCAGGUACGGGAGCCGGCCUCUCCCUGUCUUCGGCGAACGUAUCGUUUUUCAAGCGUAAAAAUAGCUUCCAAAGUGUACCGAACAACAGCGCCUCGACCAGCAUGGACCAAAGUUUGCCCAACGAAACCUAAGCAAUAAUCCGUUCCGCUCGAUUCCGAAGCGAACAAAAGGCUUGUUUUUUGUAUGUAUCGUAGUGUUGGAAAAUGCAUCCACCAUCAAACGCCAUUAUCAACUAGUCCAUUCCCACGGUGCUGCUGCAUGGCAAAAAACGGUUCAGCCGUGGUGCAUUCCAACCGAUUUGUAAAAAAGAAAGGAUUUUUGCUAUAAGUUAACCGGAAAUGUACAUAAAAACCUUGGCAUCUAACCGGAGGUCCGGUUGCUCGCUCGAUAGAACGCAUUUUUAAGGAGCCGUAGAAGUAAAUAUCUUCGCCAUGUCCGCCACCCUACGGAGGCUGCAAAUUUGUAUAAUUUUUGUUGUGAAGAGCAGCACACAUCAACAAAACCAAGCAGAACAAACCGAAGCUGUGAAUUUUAAUGGGAAAACGCAGAAGAGGCAACUGGCAACUCGCUCGCGGUGAGCCUGAUAUGUGGUGGCGCCCAGUAGUAUUUAACUUAACCCGUUGGUCUCGUACUAUCCGGUGCUAGGAUUUUUAUCAUUUUUCUAUACGAAAGCUGUAGAACUUUGUUGUGCUGUACUUAAACUAUUAAAAAUCUUAAUUCAGUUCGAUUAGGUCGAUCUUGAUUUUUUUUAAAUCCCUCUAGUCAGCAGAAGACGCUAAAUGAUAGUUGAAGUGUUAGAAGCGUCAAUUUUCCAGUUUUUAGGACAAAUCCAUCCACAAGCAAUCAUGUUCAGCUCCAAACAAGUCUAUUUUUGUUUUAUGCCGACAUAAAGCAUGAACCCUAUUAACACCGCUACGUAUUAUUGCAGUGCUUUCCGAAUAUCCAGUUUAAAUUUUAUUACGAAUCCCUUUUAAUACUUUCGGUUCUUAGCUAGUGAAGCUAUUGUACUUAAAACAAAUUCUCAAUUAGAGAAGAACGCGGCUUGGACGCAUAUUGCAAACACUUACCCCAUGUUAUAACUUAUUAAUUUAGAAGAUAAAUUAAAAAUGCUGUACAAAUUACACUCUUUAACGUUACUGUACUGACUGUGAAGGUAGUGGUUCGAUAAGGUUUUGGACUCUGAAUUGAAAAAUGUUUGAGCGUAACACUAAGCAAAAGGUUUGAAGCUUUAGCAAAACCCACACGCGACCGGUAUUUUGUCACUUUGACGCAAAAAUGCUGCGACAUGCGUGUAAGAAUUUUAACAGAAGCAGCCAUGUAGUCGUGCCGACUGGACAUACUGCAACGAACAUUUUAAUAGCAAUAACGGAUUGCGGAUUUCGUUUCGUUUCGUUUCAUGGUUGUUUGACACAAGAGCUAGAACGCAAAGCUAGUAGCAGUGAUUUGGCAAUACAAAUUAAUGUGUUGUGUACGCGAUGCGCCUAUCGCAAAGGAAAAUUAUUAUUUACACAUAUCGAGAUCGAAGAUGCGACGCAGGAACGAACGCGGUACAAUGAUAAGUUUAAAACCUUUUCCCAACGUUGCUAUACUAGCAUUCUAGGCUAGGUGUAAGAUUCGGUUUUCCCCUCCCCGUUGUACGGAUAGUAUUGUAGGUGAAUAACGAAAAGCUAAAUAAUAACCAUGCUUAACAUUCCAUAUGCCGCAUAGCCCGUGGGCUUCUGUGUGAAAAAAAUAAAACGGCUCUAAUUAGAAAGUACGGUCUAUAGUGUUGUAUGCGUAUAAAGUUUACAAAACGGUAGCGGAUGAUACGGUUUGUUCGCGGUUUUAAUAUGAAUAGACUAAAUAUCAAAAACAAUUUGGGUUUUUAAUUAGCAAGCAAGCGUGACGAAUAUUCAAAUGUUCAUAUAUCAAUUCACAACAGGAAUAAUGGUAGAUGUAGAGAUCGUCCCAGGGGUAACCCAUGUUUCGCAAUUCUUAGCAAAAAAUCUUUUUAGAUGUACCUACUUAAAGUAAUUCGAGUUGUUGGCAGUUCGUAAAGCUGAUGCGCAACGCUGUGGCAAACUAUAAUUUAUUAAAGCAGAUGCAAAGCUACACACGCAAAGUCGUGUUAUUAAUAGCAGGUAACAUUGUACUAAAACAUCGUACUAAAAAAUAUUGCUGUCCGCUACACUGAAAGCAAUUGCUAACUCAUCGGACCAUUUUCAAUGUUUGGGUUGAUUGUUUUUGUAAAUCAUUUUAUUUCUUCACAUAUUUCAAGAACCGAUUACGAACUCAUAGGUCAACACAUACCUUUUUCAAAAUACUUAAUGAUUCAAUUGUAAGUUUAAUUUUUACAUGCAGGGUUUCGAAUUAGAGAUGGACAAAAUUAUCAAAAAGAGCGGAACUGGUUCCGGACGAUUCCAAAAAAAUCGGAACACGUUCCAGAAAGAGCGUGAAAAUCAAUCUGCCGGAAUCGUUAAAAUCGGCUGAACCUACCGGAACCGUUGGAACCGUCUGCAGUCGACUUUGCACCGAUCUGACAGCUCCGGUAGGUUCCGCCGAUUCCCAGCACUUCAAAAGGUGUCAACGGUUUCGACGAUUCCGACGGUUUCGGAAGAUUCCGAAAUCAUCGAUUCUAUUUCCUUGGAAUCGAAAACGGGUCCGCAGUGGAACCGUUGGUGCAUUCCAGAGAACCCAUCACUACUUAGAAUCGUAUUAUGAAACUUUUGAAUCACUCGGUGGAAUGUUUCAACUGAAUAUUGGAAAAUUGCAAUCACAAAAUGGAAUGCUGCAUUCAGUUGGGGGAAUUUUGCAACUUAGCUGCGGAACUUUGCAACUCGGCUGUGGAACAAGGAAGUCAAUGACAUUUUGGCAGGAAAAAAACUCUGGACAGAAUGGAUACAAUGGAUUGCAAAGUUCCACACCGGAGUUGCAAAAUUCCCCAAACUGAAUGCAAAACUCCAUUUUAUGAUCAUUUGUUCUACAACGGAAUUGCAGUAUUCCAUCAAACAGUUGAAACAUUCCAACUGAGUGUUUCAAAACAUCCAUUAUGUAAUUUUCGAUACCUUGUAUGUUUGCUAUUAUUUGCGUUUUUUUUUUGUCCGAUUAGGUUUUGAAGUAACCUACACUUUGAGUAACAUAUGAAGAAGUUUGUGCAAUCUGUGCUUUCAAAGCCUAAUCACUUUACCAAACAGUGCAUUUAUUUGACAAUCAAAAUUUGGUUUACGUACCUCAUUACAUUUACAUUACAACUCAUCUGUUCUGUGCAGUACUUAACCUAUUUGCCUGCCUCUCAACCACGCUGUAGGAACGGGUACCCCAUUGCGUGCGGUACAAAAAGUGCUUUAAAAAUAAAACAUUUGUAAAAUAGAUAACAAACAAAAAAUCGCCAAUCAGAACAACGCUUAAAGAUGACUUGUGGAGAGCAGGAGGGAGAAAGGAGGGAAAAGGAGAACCAGGCGCGGAACAUACAAACCAAAGAAUUGUUCGAGAAUCAUAAGAUAGGAGUGGAUCCGCACUCCCGGUAGUAGCGUUUGUUAGUGUAGUAGUGUUUGGUUUUUGUGAACAAUUAAUACAAAAACAUCCUUCAUCCUGGCUCGUUCCGUGCGAGCGAGCGCAAGGUGGGUAAGCGUUUCUUUCUAAAUCUGUCAAACCAAUGCCUCGUCAAAUGGGACAUUGUUAGCAUUUUAAUGUGUGGGUGAGCCCUCACAAAGAGUACACGGAUGAGUCCUUACGCCGGUCUAUCCUUACGGUUACGAACCAUUUGUGAAGCUAUCGCGCCAAACGCAUUACUGUACAGUUUUAUAAUGAUACUCAAUUUAAAGCAUUGGACUAGGACUGGAAUAUAUAUAGAAAUAUAUAUAUCAGUUUAACUGUAGUUUGCUGAGGGGGAAAAACAAACAAACAAACGAAACAAACAUUGGAAAUAAUAUAUACAAGUACACGAAUAUACAUAUACAUAUACAUACGCAACUAAUAUAUAAAAAACAAUAUAUAUAUAUAUAUUAUAUACUUAUACACAUACGAAUGGAGGAAUGGUUGGUCUUAUUUAAGCAUACAUCAGCUAUAUUUACAAACAAUGCGAAAUCAAACUAUUUGAAUGUUAGCGUCUACGGAGAAAGCAACUUUGUGCAAAUUGGCAAACCUUUGAGAGCAUUUUAAAUUAAACCACUCCACUGGCCAUCUGCGUGUUUCAAUUUGCUCUAACAUUGUUGAACGGUACGCACUAAUAGUGCUUGUGGAGCAUCACACUCCAGCGCUCUAAGUUUUAAAAUAAGUUGGACAGUUUAUGCAGCCGAAGCGGUUGGAUAGCUCAUCAAAACUGAACGUACGAUUUGUUCACCAUUCAACCAAGAUUGUCGUCAAAAACAAUUCCAAUGUCAAUGGUUUAGGGAGGUUUGAUACUAGCUCAAUAAUCUAAAUUGUGAAUUUGAUCCAAUUCGGAAAUGUGGGUGACAUGCAAAAUAAAAAUGAGCAUUUACGUCGAGGCUCGAGAAAAGGUGGAAAGUUAAAACAUAGGCAACAAUAACCUUAGGCUUGCAGGAAUAGAGCAUACACUCUGGAAUGAGCUGAAUGUUGCAAAAACACUCAACACAUGAAUGGACCUAACCUACAAUAGAAACUUAACAUACAAAGCAGAAAGCAAAACAACCAAACGACCAUUGUUCAAUCAAAAUGCAAACGAAUAAAAUCAAAACUUCAAAACUAAA